AUGCACCAACUGAUUCCACUGCAAGUAAAGGUUCAAGACUAUUUUUUGAAGAUUAACUUGUAUUGCCAGAUUAUUUAAAAUACUUUUUACAAAAGGAGAGAAUACCCUGAACUAAAAGAAUUAAACCUUCUUUGA